CGCCCUUCCUUGUUGCCUAGGUGAAGGGAGGAGGGCGCCGCAAGAUGGCGGCCGCCGUCAGGGCCGGGCCGCGCCUGAGGGGAGCGGUGGAAGGAGAGGAGCUGGCCGGGCUCCCCGCCGAGCUGCGGGAGGAGCUGCGGGACGCUGUGGGCUCUGAGGGUGGCCUGGUGCCGUUCAGCUUGCUGAGGAGGCUGCACAGCGGGCUAAGGGAGGCAGACUCGCCGCUGUUUCUUUACCAGCUCCUGGAAGGCAGCGAGAUCGCCGUGCCCGAGGUGCCGGUGCAGCCGCGGAACCCCGAGCUGGUGGCGCGGCUGGAGAGGAUCAAGGCCAAGCUGGCCAACGAGGAGUACCGGCGGAUGACCCGCAACGUCACCGGCCAGGACAUGAACCGAGGUGGGACGUUGGCUGACUUUGGGAGGCAAGUUCGCUCCAUGAAAGCCGUGGUCAUCACCGUCUUCAACUACAUCGUCACCGUGGUGGCCGCCUUCGCCUGCACCUACCUGGGCAGCCAGUACGUCUUCGCAGAGACCGCGGCGCGCGUCCUCUCGGCGGUAAUUGUGGCCUCGGUGGUCGGCCUGGCGGAGCUCUACGUCAUGGUGCGGACCCUCGAAGGGGACCUGGGGAAGCUGUAACCACGUGCAACCCCCCGAGCUGCGGUGCUCGCGCUGUGCUGGAGGCUUUGGGCCGCCCCGGGAGGCGUUGGUUUGGGGCAGGAUUCUCUCUGCGUUGGCAGCUGGUGGACCUGAACGUUCCUGAGAUGAAUGGGGGAUUGAAAAAUCCCACAGCCGCAGAGCAAAGAGGGGCCGGCUGUGAACUUUUACCACCCCAGCACGGAGAGGAGCGUGAGCUGGUGCUGGUCCAGCUCUGUGAAGCUGCUGUGCUUUCGUUCUGGAAAUAAAUAACCUCGUGUUUGCGACCGUG